AUGGAAGAAGAACUGAGGUGUUUCCUUUGUCGGAAGUUUUUCGAAGAUCCUAUCCUCCUACUCUGCGGACAUAGCUAUUGUCGACGAUGCGCUAUAAAGGCACAGCAACCGUCCUCUUCAGCGCGACCAUUGACUCCACUUGGUCCGACGACACCGCUGUUCCCACAUAUCCUUUCCACCUCUCCACUCUCACCUCACUGUAGUAGUAGCGGUGCCUCUGACACGAGUUCGCUCUGUGUUUCCGAUCCCGAUCAUGACAGCGACAAGAUGUCCAUACUGUCAGAAGCGGACUCAGGCGUUGUCUGUACUCGAGCUUCUCGUCCCUCUUCAAUGAUUGGACCGCCAAUUCCUCGAUUACCAAACAUUCUUACUCCGUCCACGAGUGGAGUGAUUAUCCCCUGCGGUAUCUGUCAGAAGCCGUCGUAUUUCGCCGAUGAGACGGCGAUAUCAAUGCACCUGCAAAUAUGGCCAUUCAAAAUGUGA